CGUCUAGCUGAGCGUUUGCUUGGAAAGUAUCUGCUGAGCAUAAUGACAGAACAGUGUGGGAACCAGCAGACGUCGCAGGAGGAUGCCAGGAAAUGUAGCAGAGGAGCUGCAAAGCAUGAAGAAAGGGAUUCUCAUUCAGAUACAGAAGCUGUGGCAGAGGAGCAGCAAAGAUUGAGCAGGAUGUGCAGUGAACCACUGCAGGCUGCUGAUCAGGAGCAGCAGGAGCUAACAGGGAGGAGAAAGCCAGUGUUAGUCAGGUCAAAGACCUUCGACCAUUCUCUCCUGACUCAGGUGCAGACAGACCCAGACUCCAAGAUCGAGAGGAAGAAGUCUCACUACAGCCAGCUUUCGAAGACCAACUGCCAGUACCAUAAAAUAUUUAAGGAGAUCAGCAAAGAAGAACAGCUCAGACAGAGUUACACCUGUGCUCUUCAGAAAGACAUCCUCUACCAAGGACGCAUGUUUGUCUCCGACCACUGGAUCUGCUUCCACUCCAAGGUGUUUGGAAAAGAUACCAAGGUCGCCAUCCCAGUGGUGUCCAUCAAAAACAUCAAGAAGACCAAAACUGCCAUCCUGUUGCCAAACGCUCUGGUGAUCGCCACCACAAAUGACAGGUACGUCUUUGUGUCCUUCUUGUCCAGAGACAACACCUACAAGUUUUUGAUGUCGAUCUGUCCUCAUCUGGAGGGGAAGAGUCCAUGCAGCAGCCCCAUUCCCUCCUCAGCUGAAAACAGCUUUAGAAGUCGGAGGUCACCGCUAUCGCCUCGCUUUCCUCUGAGUGAAUUCAGCGACCUGGAUGGAGCGAUGAGACACAGGAGGCAGGAGAUGGAGGAGAGCAGCAGCUCUGACUCUCAGGUUCCAGACUAUGAGAAGACAGAAGAGUUCACCGUUCCUCCAUUCCUGGAUAUGCUGAAGCGCACAGACAGUGCAUCAUCUCCAGACCACCAGCACAAAGUGAAGAACCCACAUCUGAACCAGCAGGGUCCAGACAACAAGCAGCACUCCAAGCACCACCGAGGCUCGGAUGUGGUGAUUGACAGCAGGUGUCUGAAGCCAGUUUCUCUCAACACUCUGCUGAUGGUCUACAUGUUCCUAGUGUGCACCCUGGUCUUGUCUUCAUGUUACCUGGCGUUUAAGAUCAUCUCAUUGGAGCAGAGACUGACAACGCUCGGCGCUGUGGCCGAGUUCGCACACCCGGAAAACAAUUUUCUGAGUGGGUCCGCUGACGUAGGCACAAAUCUUUUAUCUGAACUGCUAACCAUCAACCUGAUGAAGCUGGAGAAGGUGCAGAAGAACCUGCAAAGACUGCUGGAGGAAGCUGCCUGAAAGUACAGAAAACCAGUAUAAGCACAGUGAAAGUCAUAUAUAUUAUUUUUGUAAAUAUAGUGUAAAUAUGUAUGUUUGUUAUUAAA